GCCAUAGAUUUAGUCCACCAUUUUCUUCUCUGGAAUCCCAUCGCCGCCGCGAGAAUUGACAUUGUUUUGGCUUGCAGAUCCAUCUCCGCAACCGUAUGAUAGAUGUCAAAUUGAGCAAAACUAGUGAAGCGAGAAGAGCCGCCGAUUCAACAUGUACGGGAGAAAAGGUUAUCAGCUUAUCAAAGAUUUUGCCACCAGAGAGAAGGGUCAGCUCAAACCUUUUAACAGAAAACUCUUUGAUGAGACAAUCGAAGAGUGUGACCAGAAUCACCAUCUUAUCCAGUCCUUGAUAAGGAAAAUGCAGCAAGAAGGUUUGGAUGUUCAGAACAACAGAAACGCAGACCACUAUGGAGCACUAAUCCACCACCUUUCUUUGAUCCGGAACAAGCGCUGCCUCAUGGCUUAUGUGUACAACCGAGCAGAAAUUGUGCGUGAUUUGGCGUGGAGAGUCGGACUUGAACUUCUCGACCUUCCCUCUGAAAUCCAAGAGAAGCUCACUACACUAGAGAAGGAGUACUUCAAGAACCAUUCGGUAGCUCUAAAAUCAUACAUGGGAAAAGUAGGAAUCGAGUUGAAUGUCGAUAUGGUGCCUCCUAAAGAUCCUUAUAUCAAGGUCAGAAUUUUGGAUGAUAUUGAUGAAGGAAUCGUGCUGAGUGACAAAGCAACAAAUUUUGCCCGUCAUUCUAUGCAUUUCCUCAAACGAACUGAUGCGGAACCGUACAUUGCUCGGGGCCAAAUGGAAGAGCUGACAGGUUGAUUGAUCUAAUCAGAAGCUGUGGUGAGCUCAGAUUAAUCAUGGUCGGGUCUGUGAUCAAAGAAUGUAAGCUUACUUAGCCUUGUAUAAUUGUAAGACAGGAACAUGAAACCUCAUACUCAAACUCAUGUAACAAUUAUUUAUCUUACAAAGUUACUUGUGUGGUGCAUAACAUCACUAGCAAUAAGGCAGUUUUGACAGC